AUGGCCGCUGCGAAGAUAUUAAAGGAUAAUGCAUCUGAUGACGACCACCGGGCUCUGCUUCGUGAAUUGGAUCUGAUGAAGCAGUUACCAAAACAUAACAAUGUGGUAGAACUUCUGGGUUACUCGAAAUACAAUGACCAAACUAUGAUACUCGUUGAGUAUCUACCCUUGGGAGACCUGCAAAGCUACUUGAGAGCCAACAAAGCAAAAUACAUCAGGUCUGAUAAGUUGGACACCAGUAAAGAAUUGAUACAGUUUGGAUAUCAGAUUGCGUGUGGAAUGAACCAUAUAUCAUCUUUCAAAUUUCUGCACCGUGACCUUGCAGCCAGGAAUAUCUUACUGGGUGCAAAUAAAGUUUGCAAGAUCUCUGAUUUUGGUCUCUCGAGGGAUGUUGCUGAAAGAGAUCUGUACAGUAGAACGUCACAAGGCCGUCUUCCAAUAAGAUGGAUGUCUGCUGAAGUUCUGUUCAACAAUAUCUACACAACCAAGAAUGAUGUAUGGGCCUAUGGUAUACUCCUCUGGGAAAUACUAACAUUUG